AUGGAAUCUUCAUGGAUGGAAGACGAAGAUCAAGAUUUCUGCAAUACUAUUGAUGGGGUAUUCAAAUCCUCAUGGGAAACUAGUUGUUCAUCCAGCAAAAAUAACAGUGGUGAAUGCUCCAUUUUUUUUACUACUAGCAUUCAACAAGAGCCUGCUGAAAAGGAGAAGCACUACAUAGGUGUUCGAAAGCGGCCAUGGGGAAAAUAUGCGGCUGAAAUAAGGGAUUCCACAAGAAACGGAAUGAGGGUUUGGCUUGGAACUUUUGCUACUGCAGAGGAAGCUGCUUUAGCAUAUGACCAAGCUGCCCUUUCGGUGCGAGGCCCAACCACCGCCCUCAAUUUCCCCAUCGAGAAAGUUCAGGAAUCAUUAAGGAAUAUGGUCAUCUGCAGUUACCAAGAUGGCUCAUCGCCAGUUGAAGCCCUGAAAGAGGCGCACAGGAUGAAAAGUACUGCAUCAAAACGUAGAGGAAAAGGGAAACAAGUUAAGCAAGAAGAUGUUUUGGUGUUUGAGGACUUGGGAUCUGAUCUGUUAGAUGAGCUAUUAUCUGAAACUAAUAAUUCCAGAAGUAAGUGA